AUGGAAAAGCUUAGUCACAGUUUGUACAGUUUGCACAAGAUCAUCCAAUCUCUUUUGCAGCGGCAGAUUCUCUCUCAGAGUCUUAAAUCUCCAUCACUGCGUUUUGACUCGAUAUCAGUCAUGAUGAAUAGGGCAUUGUUCAGGCUGCCCAGAUGCCAAAAUGGGGCUUUUCGAAUAUUUACCUCCGCGACACGUGGCCCAAUUCCUCGCCAUUCGUUCCUGACGGUCGAUCGCAUACGGACAUUGACCUCCACCUCUCGCCGCGCUUUAGAACCUUCUCUCUCACCUCAGUCGGCGUCUGGAACUCCCUUGCCGGAAGUGUCGGAGAAGGCUGAGCAAAAGCAAUCCUCCGAAUCUUCACAGCACAUCCCGUGGUAUCUGCAAGAAGAAACCACCGUUCCCGAAGUGACUGAAGUCUCAUCAAAGGACCAUCUCCCAGAGCUCCCAGAGAAUCCUCCGAAAAUCUUGCCGGUGCUGCUUGACUAUGUCUACAAAGACCUUGGUCUUGAUGAGCUAAAAUUGUUCGACUUGAGGGGAUUGGAGACACCGCCGGCCCUUGGAGCCAAUGUCAUCAUGAUCAUGGGGACCGUGCGCAGCGUGAAGCAUUUAAACGUCUCUGCGGACCGCCUCUGCCGCUGGUUGAGGAGCAAUUACAAGUUGUCCCCGUACGCCGAUGGAUUGCUGGGACGUAACGAGCUAAAAAUCAAGCUGCGGCGCAAGAAUCGGCGUGCUAGACUGGCGAGCAGAACUGGCGCAAUGGUUGAUGACAAGGACGACGGCAUAACCACAGGCUGGAUCUGCGUCAAUGCUGGCGUCGUGGAGAAAUCCCCCGUCCAAGAAGCGUCCAGCGAUGCAUUCGAGGGCUUCGGUCAUCUCGGCGGAGGCACGCGGCUGGUGGUGCAGAUGUUUACAGAGGAAAAGCGAGCGGAGUUAGAUCUGGAAGGCCUUUGGGAAGCGAGGGUAAGGCGUGCUCAGCGGCAAACAGCAGAACACUCCGAUGUUCCCGCCGACGCACCCGCAGAGGUUCGUUCUCCCAGCUCAUUAAGCCCGCCACCAUCUGACUAUGAACCGCCGGCUAUUCCCAGAUCGUCCGUGAGUCUUCCACUUGAACAGAGACGACGCUUUCAUACUAGGCGUUGGCGUAUCGAGAAUAGUCCUUCCCACACGCGACACUUUAUGUCAUGGUCGAGAAGCACCCCAAACAAAGGGAACCCUCCAGAUAUAAUUUGGCCCAUGCUGCAGGAUUACCUUAAGAAUCUGCCACAUGAGCAGUUCCAGACUGCAAUGAACCGUGAUUUGGAUGAGAAUGGUAAUAACGACCUCAACACUCUCCUUGAACAAUCUCUGGAAGGCCUUAGCGAAGAGUCUAAAUUGGGGGCUCGAAUGGAGCUUGAGGUACUUGGUAUGAUGCGAGGACAUCCACAGUACAGCAAACAAAAGCUAUUCGAAUUAUGGGAAGGUUACUUGGCUCUGGGAUUCCUGACUGAGCGCCUCGACAUACUAGAUUUCGUGCUUAAAAAUCUGGCAGCACCGCGUCGUCGCCCGGAUUCGGUUCACAAUUCGCAGUACCUUCCAGAGUCAGACCGGGAGUUGAUACUCAGGUUUCUAGAAAGCCUCUCGCUUUCCGGACUAGACCUCAUGAAUAUGGAGAUGUGGUAUCUUAUUUAUACUUCGGCGUCUCUACCGUUGACGCCUGAAGGAGACGACAGUACACCCGCAGAGAGAGGAGCGCAUGUAUUGCGAAUGAUUGAGUCGCUUGAGAUCCCUUUCGACCCAAUGCACGCCCGGCUUCUGAUGGCGGCGAUGUUCCGAAAUGGCGACCAAGAAUCAUUCUGGAAAUGGUGGCGUAAGCUACCUCUCAACAACAGCCCUCGAACGGACAAUGAUUAUGCCCAGAUUUUCGCGCUGCAUGCGGAUGUGGCCACCGAUGCUCAAAUACGGGAAUGUCUCAAAACCCAGAUCCCGUUGAUGCGAUCAGAGGAGCCGCGGGUUUGGAUCCAGGGCCCUCUGGCCGAGAACAUCAUGGAAUGUCUCGUAAAAGUGCAACCAGAUAUCAAGAAAGAGGCCGACUCCGGAUCCACAACCGCUUUUGCCGAUUUGUGGCGGGAAUGCGAGACGGGCCUGAAAAAAUGA